CUAGCGUAAAUGCAGAACAACAGACGUCACGUGGUACGGCACGUUCGUUGAUAUUCGCAUUAGACAACAAAAAUAUGUAAAAUAAUCACUUACAAUGAAUUGUAUUGCAAGAAAAGUACACCAAAAAAUAGCCUGUAAUUCGGCACUGAACUACCAUUUAAGAAAGUUUCUGUUCACGUCCACAUCAUGUCCAGUGCUCAAUCAAACUGCAUCAGAACAUCAAGAUCUGAACAACAAUAACUCUGACUUGUCUAAAGAUCUGUAUACGAGAAUCAAACUCUCAGGUCCAAUAUCAGUUGCAAAUUAUAUGAAAACAGUUCUAACUCAUCCAACAAAAGGUUAUUAUACUACUAAAGAUGUUUUUGGACAAAAGGGAGAUUUUAUAACUUCUCCUGAAGUAAGCCAGCUAUUCGGAGAAAUGAUCGGCUUGUGGAUUAUAACGGAGUGUAACAAAAUUCACUAUAAAUCAUUUCAAAUUGUAGAACUAGGCCCUGGAAGAGGUACUUUGACACAUGAUAUCCUUAGAGUUUUUCGACAAUUAGGUUGGACUGAUCGAAUAAGUGCUAUAAACUACGUAGAAGUUAGUCCUGUUUUAGCUAAAAUACAAAAAGAAAAUUUGUGCUCUACUGUUAAUUCCGAAGAAAUAACUGCACCAAGCAACAAAUCUUAUCAAUUUGGAAAGACUAAGGAUAAGAUAGAAAUCUAUUGGUACAAAUCAAUUGCUGAUCUACCAGAAGGGUUUACUGUAUUUAUUGCUCAAGAAUUUUUUGAUGCAUUACCAAUUCAUAAAUUUCAGAAAACAAAGGAUGGAUGGUUUGAAGUUUUGGUUGAUGUUGAUCCAAAUAGUGAAAAAGUACCAAAAUUUAGAUAUGUCCUGGCCAAAACGGAUGCUUGUGAUUCAAUUUUAGAUAAAAGUGAUAAAAGAGAACAUGUCGAAAUCAGUCCAGAAGCUAUGAAUAUUAUGCGGUACAUAUCUUCUGCAAUAACUCAGAAUGGAGGGUUCUCUCUUUUUGUUGAUUAUGGCCACAACGGUGAAAAAACUGACACUUUUCGAGCAUUUCGUGACCAUAAACAAUGUGACCCAUUGAAAGAUCCAGGAACAGCUGAUUUAACAGCUGAUGUUGAUUUUGCCUUGCUUAAAAAAGUAGCUAAAGAAAGCAACAAGCUAUUGUGUUAUGGUCCUCUGGCUCAGAGAGAGUUUCUAAAAGAUACAGGUAUUGAUAUUCGCCUGAUGAAUUUAUGUAAAAAUGCUACUGAAGAAGAAAAACAACAGUUGCAAUCCGGCUAUGAUAAAAUUAUGAAUCCUAAUGAGAUGGGUACUUGCUUCAAAGUAGUUUCAAUGUUUCCAUACGUGCUGAAAGAUUACUUAAAAAAAUUGCCAGUCAAUGGUUUUGAAAAGUACAAAUCGGAAGACUAACUGAAAAUUCUUAAUGUAAAUUUUGUAUAUUAUUAUUAUUUAUAUUUGCUCUUGUACAUAUAAACCAAAUAAACAAAAUCUCAACAAAAAACAAC